UUUUGGCGUUGGGAGGAUCAUUUUUCUUCCAGGGGAAGUGGGGAGGCUCGCUGGCAGAGGAGUCCUCUCCAGUGAGCAGAGUUGUGGCACCUGAGCUCACCUAAGGACGAAAUGUUACAUUGCCUGAGCCAAAGCAUGAGAAGCCCAGGGGAUUCCUGGGCAAAGAUGCUGGGAUGCUCUCUUUUCCUCCUCUGGAUGCCAGGAGCAGGGUCCCUCUCCUGCAGUCACUUGGCUGUCAACUCCUCAGUUGUCGUCUUGGGAGGAAACAUCACAGCGUCUUGUACCAUCUGGAGAAACCACUGCCAUAUUGCAAAGGAUAGCAAGAUCCAGAUUGUUUGGAAGUUGAGAAACCAACAACUUCGAGGACCCCAGUACAGCUUCAGCGACGGAGUGGAAGUUUCCAACAUCACUGUUGGCCCCUUCAAGGAACCUGUGACUCCCCUGAGCUGCUGCGUGCAGGAACAUGGCAUCCCACAGGUUAUGAACCUUACCCAGAUCCUGGCUGGAUAUCCUCCAUGCCAACCUCAGAACUUCACCUGCGUCUUCAACAUCACCUCCAAGAGUCUGGCGUGCCAGUGGGACCCAGGCUGGGACAGCCUCCUCCCAACCCGUGUGGCCCUGAAAGGAUUCCGGAGCUCGAGGGAGUGUAAGGCCCUGGCCCCCAUCGCAGAUUGCAUUCCCGAGACUGGCCAGCACUCCUGCAUUUUUCAACGCCUGGAGCUGCAGCUGUAUCAAAAAAUGCUUUUCUGGGUGUCUGUGGAAAAUGCCCUGGGCAACGUGACCUCUGAGCACUUGUGUGCAGACCCUAUGGAUUUAGCCUGGCUGGAGCCCCCGACCAUCCAGGACAUCAAGCCCCUCUCCGAGGAGAGCGACUGCAUGGUGGUCAGAUGGGAGGCAGGAAAGGACAGCAAACUCAUGGAACAGGCCUGUGACCUGCGCUACCAGGUGGAAGGAAGCCUGGAGUGGAGCCUUGUUCACAACAUCACUACCUCCAGCCGGCAGAUCCGGCAGUGCAGCUUCCUCUUUGGCAGCCUCUACCACUUCCAGAUGCGUUGCAGGCGCCUGCCUCUCAGCUACUGGAGCAGCUGGAGCCCAGCCAAGCUCUUCACUACACACGAGAAAGCACCUUCAGGAGCCCUUGAUGCCUGGUGGAAGCUGCGAGAGGCAGAGAAGGGGACAGAGGUACAGCUGCUAUGGAAGCCGAUGAAGCCACAUGAGGCCAAUGGCCAAAUCCUGGGAUACUGGGCAGCACUCAGCACCACGCAGCACAUGGGCAAUUCACUCUCUCUGUGUAACACCACCCAGAGGCAAUGCACAUUCCUGAUGCCACCAGGAGCCGAAAGGAUCUAUCUCUCUGCUUACAACUCCAGAGGUGCAUCUCAACCCACAGAAAUCUUCUUGCUAGAGAAAAAAGGUCAGCCUGUGCUCAAGAUCCAGGCCUCCCCACACAAUGAGAAGAGCUUCCAGCUGUGGUGGGAUCCUCCGAGGACCCCAGCAACAGGCUACAUUGUUGAGUGGCACCGAGUGACCUCGGCAGCAGAAGAAAGCAGCAUUGGGUGGCAAAAGCUACAUAAUGGGAGCAUCAGAGAAACCCUGAUCCAAGAAGACAUUGAACCUUUCCAGCGCUACCAGAUCUCCGUUUACCCUCUCUACAGAGACAAAGUUGGGGUGCCCCAAUCCAUAGAAGCUUACACAAGGCAGAAAGCUCCAGCCAGCAGCCCAAAAAUCCAUCCCCAAAACAUUGGGGUAUCCACAGCUGAGGUUUGGUGGAAUCCUCUCCCUGUUGAAGAUCAGAAUGGGUUCAUCACUGGCUAUACUCUCUUCUGGAUCGAUCCCAAUGAAGAAGUUAGAAGUGUUGCUGUGAAUGCUUCUGUAGACACCCUGACCAUCUCAGGUCUUAGGCCUUCAAGGAUGUACAGCCUGCAUCUCAUGGCCUCUACAAUGGGUGGGAGCACCAAUGGGACCAGCCUUGUGAUCACCACCAAGGACAUGGAAUACCUGGACAUCACCAUUGUGUACUUACUCAUUGGCCUACUCUUGGCCAUGAUAAUUGGCAUGGUCAUCUGCUUCCAGAAGAGCAAAAGGAUGAAGACGCAGUUCUGGCCCAGUGUCCCUGACCCAGCCAACAGCAGUCUGGGCAAAUGGGCCCCCACUGUUCUGCAGGAGGAGACCCUGCAGGCUCCCAAGGCGUGCGAACUCAGCCCCGUCAUCGUUUCUGCCAUCCUGGUGAUUGAAGCCGAUGAGAAGAAGUGCCUCUCCUGUGGGAAGAGUGAGCCCAGCCCAGCCACGGAGGGCAGCCCAGCAGCCCCCUCCGACUCUGGAGCCCGUGAAGCCAAAGGAGCUGUGCCAACAGAUGGCUCAGGGCCAACCACCUACAUGAACAACCCAGAGCCUGUUCAGUAUGCCAAGGUGCUGGCGGGCAGCUACCGCACUCAGCAACAAGCCUCGCCCACUAUUUACAUACGCUCCAGCUCCAGGCAGCCUCUGCUGCACAGCCUGACCCCCAGCCCAAAGCCCUACAAGAACCUGUGGUUCCACAGUGAGCAGCCCGAGCGAACCACCCCCUCCAGCUUCCAAGAGGAGACGGUUUUCUUGGAUGGGGCCCUAUUGGAUUUCCCAUUGCUGCAGGGGCUCAAAGUGGAUGGCAAUGAAGACCUCUGCGACUUCCGACGGCUGUAAGGACCCAGCUGGAGUCCCAGGGCUGCAAGAGGGAGUGGCCUACUCUUCUUUGGCUCUUCCUUCUCUUCCUUGAGAGCCAUUAUUUUGUUUUUGAGACUGUAAGGAGGCCAGGAAGGUGGGAAAAUAGGCAAUGUUCCCAGGACAUCGUCAACAUUCCUGCAGACCCGGAAGCAGCCAUGCUUUAGUUCAGAGCAGGAGUCUCCAAACUUGGAACUUUUAAGACUUGUAGACUUCAAUUCCCAGAAUUCCUCAGCCAGCCAUGAAGUUGAAGUCCACAAGUCUUAAAGUUGCCAAGUUGGAGACCCCAAGUUUGGAGAUGAGUAGAAGGCAACCUCAGGGAGGUGUGAGUGUUGGAUUUUCAUUUCUGCUUCUGCGUUAGAUGCUGCCAGAGACACUGAGGUGACUUGAGGGCAUCUCCGGGGAUGGGAAUCAGCCUAUUUGGGGGUGCUAGGACAAAGUUCAGAGAUUAGGUAAAAAUCAGGUGUCCCAACACAUUUAACAUUUUUACAGCUUCAAAAUACAAAGACUACACCCCUCCCAAUGUGCAGAGCUCAUGGUGCUACAAGGGCUGCAGAUGCAGCCUGAUGUCUGUAAGUUCCCCACCCCCACUUUUGUGUCAUCUUUUUGCAACUGUUAAAUACUCAGUCUUGCUGAGUAUCCUCUGUUCUCAUGACUUCUGCUCUAAUUGAAUAGAUGAGCCACAGACCUUGUUUCAAGCCACUCCUAUAGAAUGGACAUCCUACUUCCCAGUGGCUUCUUUCGUCACUGGGUAUACAAAGUGCAUUGGUCACAACAGUUACCAGCCUGAUGAUGCUACCUAGAUGGGUCAUGUCUGCAGGCAAAUAAGCCGGCUCAGAGUGUACUAAGGAUUGCACAGUUCAACCUUGAGCUAUCAAUUCUAUUGAUGCUUCCAAUAUUUACUGAACUCCCCAAUCUGGAAUCCCAAAAGAGAGUAGAGGUCAGCAAUCUUGGCAGGAAGGUCCCUGUCUACAUUACCCAGGACUUUGGUACCAUUUUGACCACUGAUUAAGUCGGGGAAGGUCUUCUGCCACCGGGACCAUGCAGACCAUCCCCUAAACUGCCAAAUGCCCAUGGAAGAACUCUCUCAACUAUUGAAAUGAUGUAGAUUCUUGUGGAGAAGCGCCAGCUGAGAAAGAGCUGCAGCUCAGCGUGCCCACAUCAGCAGGGAUAGAAAGGACAGAGUAUAAGGAAGCAAUGGGCAUGAAGAAAGAUGAGGUAGAAGUAGCCAUUUUCCUGUUGUUAUGAUGGUCUCUGACUGACUUGCAAUGAGGACUCAAUCCAAGACACGGGACGGCUGCAAAAGGACAGCAAGGAACGGUAAAGAGAAGAGGCUCAUUUGGAGAACUCCCUCAUCCCUUCAAAAUGCUUUUUCCACAACUGCUGCUAUUAUUUAUCAUGUAUA